AUGCUCUCACCCAGCAGGAAAAGACCUUUGCCUCUGCUGGUCGGACUUGUUCUUACGCUGCUGUUUUGUUUCUAUUACAAAAAUACGGACGGCAUAUACAUUCGAUGGACAGCGUCAACAGCGUCAAAACAGGCCAAGCUCGCCGCAAAUCGCACGCUAGGUUUUGGCGCAGUCGUUGUCGUAUCGAAAGAAGGCUCCGACAGGCGUCAUGCGCUUAUGCAACAAGCCAAUGUUACCGACUUCGAUCUCACCAUUCCCAAGCAGCCGCAUUGGACAGAGAGCGAUGUGCAAAAGUUUCGCAAUGGUCAAGAGGAUGGUGUGCAGCACGGCUCUAUUCUGGCGUGGAUGGGCCACCUCAACGCCCUGCGAUGGUUCCUCGAUUCUGGGCUUGAAACGGCACUCAUCCUCGAAGACGAUCUCGAUUGGGACAUUCGCCUUCGCAGCAUCCAAGUUCCCCUCGCUGCGAGUGCGGUGCGCACUCUCAUGCCCCCGAAGCGGUCGUUGAAUCCUCUCGCAAAACAUCACCAGAAUCGCACACAGUACUGGGGCGACCAUGGCGCUUGGGAUCUUUUGUAUCUUGGACACUGCGGGGACUACCUUAACAGGGUCACAUACGAAGGUCUAGUGUUCGACAGCAAGCCGUUCUCCUUGAAAGAUGUGGCGCACCUCACAUAUAACGACCCAACAAUGCCCGCGCGAUUCCAACUGCACCCUUUCACGCAGGAUCUGUUCAGCGCACUCAAUAUACCCGAGCACGGCCGCACUCUGCAUCGCUCGAAGUUUCCACUUUGCUCGUUUGGCUAUGCAGUCACUCGGCCCGCAGCAGAACUUCUACUGGGCAACCUUGCACCACCGAAGCUCCAACCUAAGGGGCCGCGCGCAUUCGACGUUGCACUGCUUCAUGCAUGCUCAAAAGGAGCACGCGAGACCAAUCCCAUUCCGACUCGUUGGGCGAACCCACCAUUGCAUCCUAACCGCGGACUCCGCUGCUGGACCCUCAAUUCCGAACUCUUCCACCAUCUGCCCGGCGAAAGUGAAAUCGCCAAAAUCGGGAAGAAUCUGGGCGAGGAUAUCGGACAAGGCCUCUCACCGGUUGACUGGGCCGGCCAGGCGCAAACGAUCUGGCGCAACGAAACCACCAAUAUAGGCUGUGGAUUCUGGAGUGGAGCUUUCACAUUCGAAAACGAUGAUGCGAAACGCCUUGAGUUCCUCCGCGAGGAAGUAGGGCGAAAAGGCAAGUGUUUGAAGGAAGGCCGAGACACCCUCUGA